UUCCACGUACUUAUUCACGUACAAAAUUAGAACCCGAGCACAAGGAGCUCUUUCCGUCUUUGAUAAGUUAUCCCAAACUCACGAAGUGCUUAUCAGAUCGUUCAAGUUUGAUACUUUUCUUUUGUCCCUUUUGGGUCUCAAUCAGAUCGUUCAAAUUCCGAGAUGAAAAUUAAUUUACCAAAAUUUGCUAUUGUCCUGCUGGCACUUUUGUCAAGCCUGCAAGUGGUGUUUGGAAUUAGGUUUGUCAUUGACAGGGAAGAGUGCUUCUCUCACAAUAUCCAAUCUGAAGGGGAUACGGUUCAUCUUUCUUUUGUUGUAAUUAAGGUCGACGGUGCUUGGCAUUAUUCUCAAGAUGGUGUAGACCUCGUGGUUAAAGGACCUUCUGGUGGUCAGAUUCAUGAUUUUCGUGACAAGAUAAGUGAGAAGUUCGAGUUUGGGGCUACCAAGGGACUCCACCAUUUUUGCUUUACUAACAAAUCUCCCUAUCAUGAAACAAUAGACUUUGAUGUUCAUGUUAGCCAUUAUACAUACCAUGAUCAGCAUGCCAAAGAUGAGCAUUUUAACCCUUUGUUUGAACAUAUAUCGAAGUUGGAGGAAGCUCUUUACAACAUUCAGUUUGAACAGCAUUGGCUAGAGGCUCAGACUGAACGCCAGGCAAUAGUAAAUGAUGCAAUGAGCCAGCGAGCAGUUCACAAGGCCAUUUUUGAAUCAGCAGCACUCAUUGGUGCGAGUGUUCUCCAAGUUUACCUUCUCCACCGCCUGUUUGAGCGGAAGCUUGGGAUGUCUAGAGUUUAGUUGUGGAAGUCACUUAGGAUGUUUAUCGGUUUGAAAAUUUUGAAACCAGAUUUUUCCUUCAUGUUGUUGGUUUCCCUUUUGUUAUUAAUCCACAGAGAGAGAGAGAGAGAGAGAGAGAGAGAUCAAUUUUCCAAUUCUUUGACGACCAUUCCUUGUGACUGAGGAUGUCGUAGAGGCAUAAAUUAAUGCAUUUCAAUUUUCGGCCCAACCAGGGAUGUUGAUUAGAUUAUGUAAUAAUAAUAAUAAUAAUAUGAGUAUGUCCGCACUGUUUCAGAGAA